AUGAGUUCUGCACUGCCAUACGACUCGCUGUCAGCUCGGCCGAGUCCCAGCAGACAAGCUUUGGACUGGGAACGCCAGCAGCUGGCUGUGCGACGACUUUCCUCUCCACGCAGUCUUGACCUGCUCUCUCCACCUCCUCUUCCUCGUCGACCCUCAGCGAUCCCUGGCUACCUUCUGUCGACCUAUCAAGAACAGGAAGAGCAGCUCCAACACCAGCAGCAGCGACUGUCCUUGUCAGUGUGCUCAGAGGCCUCGCUGGCGCCCCCUGCACCUCCACCUGUGGGCGCUGCCCCACCCUGCUGCCGCCCAGUGGGAGUCAUGCACCUCCUGCGCCUGGGUCUCCUGGCCUUCAGCUGUCUCUUCUGGGCAGCAGGUUUGGCCAUCUUCACCCUGGGUGUGUGGGCGCAGAUUUCCCUGGCAGACUUCAUGCUGCUGUCUGCCAAUCGCUACCCCAAUGCACCGCUCAUCCUUCUGGCCACAGGUGCAGCCAUCACUGCCUGGGGCUUCCUGGGUUGUCUAGGGGUGGCUGCAAACCUACCCUGCGUGCUCAGGGCGUAUGGGUUUUUUCAACUUGCUGCACUUGUAGCCGGUUUGGCAGCUGGACUCUCAGGUCUCUUCUACCGUGAAGACAUUGCAGGAGGAUUUCGCAGCGGCUUACAGCGAGCGGUGGCCGGCUACACCGAGGAUGAAGGCCGUGCAGAUGCAUUAGACAGCCUGCAGAGGGCCCUGGAGUGUUGUGGAGCUGAAGGUUGGCGUGACUGGCUCACUUCAGACUGGGCUAUCCAGCAUAUGACCUUCCUGCCCAACGAGAAUGGCACUUCGGUGUCCCUGCCGGACAGCUGCUGCAUGAGGCGCAAGGGCUGCAAGAAUCGACCUCUUCUGUCUGAUGAUAUUGAAGGAGUUGAAGCUGCAGGGAUCCAUCCACACGGCUGCUUUCGCAAAGUCUUCAGUUUGGUCAACGACAAUGUCUUCCACAUCGCUGCCACUGUGUUGGGAUUGGCCUUCACCCAGAUUGGAGGCAUCGCCCUGGCUUGUCUGCUGGCCAACAAACUGGCACCAAGACAACAUCGACGUGUGGUGGCACAUUAAGUAUCAAUGGUCAAUUUGUAAUUUGUAGAUAAUUAUUAUUGGGAGUGAACUAUGCCCCUAAAGAGUAAUAGAGUUGCAGAGUGUUGGGAGUUAUUUCGGAAGGCCAGAUUUCCGGGAGUAAAUGUUCCAUCUGUUUUCUGACAGUGUCAGGUAAUUGGCAUUUGAAGGGCAUUGGCAUGGCUUGGGUGGGCAUUAAAACUUUUCCCACACAAGUCUUUAACUGCUUUAUGAAAAUUAAAAUAAAUUGUUCUUUAACAAAACGGUCAAAGGUGCAAGCCUUUGUAUGCAAAAAGGUAAAGCAAGAAACCAACUGCAACAUCUGUUUAGCAUUUCGAAAAGAAACUGAAGAGUUUUAAAGCUGACAUUUUGUAGAAAUCUGAUUCCGAUAAUACAUCUAGCAGUUAAAAUCAAAUUACUUUUAGUUUCUGGGUCAAUUUAGAUGAGUGAGUGACUAUGCCAAGUUCUCGAGAACUGUAAUAAGUACAACAGAUGGUCAUUUCAUCAGCCUAUAUUGUUGAAUUAUCUAUUGUAAGACACAUUAAGGAUAUCAUUAGAAGGGCACUUGGAGAGCGCAGACCUCUGCCAAAGCCAAUAAUCCAGUCUUCUAUGGCAGUGGUUCAUAACCAGGGUUCCAGGGACCCUCACAGGUCCUUGAGGGAGCGCCAGUGGGUCCCAAGAAUAAAGAGAAAUAGUUUAUUCUCACUAUUUAAUUCAUUAUAGAAGUGAGCCCAAUAUGAGUAAGAGGCAUAAGAGUUACUAUUCUGAUCAUAAGUAUCACUUCCUCCAUGGUUAUCUCCUCAACUGUAAUGGACAACUAUAGAAUUCUGCUCUUAGUUAUACUCUAACUCAGUGAUUCCCAACUGGUCUGGCCACGGGGUCCAGAUUUCUCCUUAGUCAUUUGUUCAAGGUCCACAC